UGGCCCGAGGGCCUCCCGAAUGUAUCCUUGGGUGUGGGUAUGGGUGUGGGGCAAUUUGGGUGGGAGCAUCGUGGCCGCUACCACCAAUUUCUGCGCCUUUUUAGUGGGGUGUGUGCAGGAGUGAGGAUAAAUAGGAGGCUCCCUCCUCUCCCGACACUCACAGAGCCGGCCGGCCGUCCUCCCUGGGUGUUUCCUUGCCCUGUAGCCAGGGUGCCAGCCAGAAGAGUAGUUUCGUUUCCUCCUGGCUCCAGGAUUAGUUUCCAAGCACCCUCUGGAGCGCCCGGGUCCCGGGAAGGGGGCGAAGAAGGAGGAGGGAGACUCGUCUAGGGGCUGCCCGGCCCCGCAGAGCGGGGUUGAUGGACCCGGCCGCCCCGGGCAGCGGCGCCAGCUCCCUGCCACUGCUCCUGGCCCUUGCCCUGGGCCUAGUGAUCCUCCACUGUGUGGUGGCUGAUGGGAAUUCAACCAGAAGUCCUGAAACAAAUGGCCCUCUCUGUGGAGAUCUUGGGGAAAACUGCACAGCUACCACCACACAAUCAAGGCGGAAAGGCCACUUCUCCCGGUGCCCCAAGCAGUACAAGCAUUACUGCAUCAAAGGGAGAUGCCGCUUCGUGGUGGCUGAGCAGACACCCUCCUGUGUCUGCAACGAAGGCUACACUGGGGCCAGGUGUGAGAGAGUUGACUUGUUUUACCUAAGAGGAGAGAGAGGACAGAUUUUGGUGAUUUGUUUGAUAGCAGUUAUGGUCAUUUUUAUCAUUUUAGUCAUUGGUGUCUGCACAUGCUGUCAGCUGAUGGCUGGUGGCAAGUUAUAAAGAGCCUUGCUCCUUUGAAAAUGGACAGAACAUGUCUCAGGAAAACAGCCAGUUGAAAUGAAUUUUAAAUAUUCUAUUUACUUUUUAUUUGUAUCUUCAGUUUGUGUUGUUUAUUAUUGUUUUUAAUAAUAAUAAUUUUAUUAUAGUCUAUAAUUGGGGGAAAAAACACCUGAGUAGGUAUCAACAAUAAGAAAGGAAUUUGAAUAAACUUUCACAUAAGUUUUGUCACCUGGAUUAUUAGUUAAGUAAAAAAGUGGGAAGGAGUUUAGAUCUUAGGGACUGAAUUAAUAAAGCUACUAUUUUCAUAUACA